UGCCAUCCCCCUGCUACACCUUAGUCACUCCUUUAGACAAGUCAAAUCUGUCUCUGCCUGGCCCUCCUCUGAUCGCUCGCUCUUCAUCUAUAAGUACGACGGGUAAGCCUGACCUAAUCUUUCGUGCCCCGCUGGUGCCGCCUUCGCUGAUCAUCCAUCGCAGUGGCCACUACCUAUACUUGUACAUACCUUCCUUCACCCACAUCUCACCACAUCCCAUCGCUCUCCGCAACAUGACUGCCGCCGCCAUAUCCACCCCUCCCAACGGCCCUGCGGGCCAACCGGCUCUCACCACCGGGCUCAACACCGCCGAAACCAUGACCCUCGACAACUACACCUUUCCCGACGACCGCAUGAAGAAAGUGCUCUCCAACCCGAACAAGACACCGCUCGUCCUCGUCUCUUGCGGCUCCUUCUCCCCGCCUACAAACCUCCACCUGCGCAUGUUCGAGGAAGCAGCCGAUUACUGCGAGUUCGAGACCGACUUCGAAGUGGUUGGAGGUUUCUUCAGUCCCGUGGGCGACGCAUACAAGAAGGCCGGUUUGGCUUCCGCUCAUCACAGGAUAAACAUGACUCGCAUCGCGGUGCAGGACAGCUCGCAAUGGAUAGCCGUAGACCCGUGGGAGCCGCUGCACAAGGAAUACCUUCCCACCGUGAAGGUGCUGGACCAUUUUGACUAUGAACUCAAUGAGGUCAGGAAGGGAAUAGCCACGGCAGAUGGCGGAAGACGACCCAUUCAUGUGGCGCUUCUUGCCGGCGCCGACCUGAUACAAACGAUGAGCACUCCAGGUGUUUGGGCACAUGAGGAUCUGGAGCGAAUCCUGGGCCAUUACGGCGCUUUCAUCCUCGAGCGUACGGGAACUGAUAUAGAUGACGCACUCGCCAGCCUUCAACAGUGGAGAGACAAUAUUCGGGUCAUCCCACAGUUGAUCCAGAAUGAUGUCUCUUCGACCAAGAUCCGCUUGUUCCGGAAGCGCGGCAAGAGCAUCCGUUACUAUAUCCCCGAUAAGGUCGUCGACUACAUCUAUGAACACAAUCUCUAUCUCGAGGACGACAAGAAGCAGGCCGAUCAUGGCAAGGGAAAGGAGAAGGCAUCUGAUGACGACGCAUCCUCGUCAUAGGCAGACAUCGGGAGUCGACGGUGUUUCCAUUCAAACUUUCAAAAUCAGGGUCCAGCGUCCUGGCUCCACAGUCAGGAGGUUGCCGCUUCGGCCUCGCUCGCUAUCGCACUGCCGGCUGCUGGCCUCUCCUGGACUUCUCGCGGUCGUUUUUCAGUG